AUGAUUAAUAUUGUAAAAUAAUAUUCUAGAUUUUGUGCCUUUGUAUCGAUAAAGGAGAUGAAAAUGAAUAGAAAGGCAAUUGAAAUCUAAUAGACAGAUUUAGAAUGGAAAUAUAUAAAAGGUGGAGGUCCUGGAGGAUAGGCGAUAAAUAAGACAUCAAAUUGUGUAUAAUUAACCCACAGACCUACAGGAAUAUAAAUAAAAUGUCAGAAAAGUCGAGAUUUAGAAACAAAUAAGAAUUAUGCAAUAAAAGCAUUGAAAGAGAAAUUAGAUGAAUAAAUAAAUGGAACAAAUAGUUUAGCAAAUAUAAAAGGUUAGAAACUGUAGAGAUAGAAGUAAAGGAGAUAGAGAAGAAGUAAUGAAAAAUAUGGUCUAAAAAAUAUAGAGGAUUAGAAAGAGGAGAUUGUUAAUGAAUGAG